UACACACUUGAGCGAGCAAAGGUUACAAACCUUCUGCUCAGGAACCACCUCUGCUUAUCUGCAGAUCCAGUUGUAAUGCAGGUUUUAUGAGUCAGUAGAAACCGCACAACACAACCUGGUUCUUCCUUCCUUUCAGUCUUUGGCAUUCAGACGCAAAUUCAGGAACAAUGAAUCCUCAAGGUGACUCAUCUGGAACGAGCCCUCAUCUAUCGAUUGAAUUACUGGAGAAGCUGCUUCCUUCUUUUCUCCUCGCUGCGGAAAAUAGGCAAGGGAAUAACGAGCUUCCUUUAUUUCCCUCUGCUAAUGUUCCUCCUCGUGAAACUUUUGAUGUAGCAUUGGGAUCCAAUGUUCCGCUAUCAAGUUCCCAUGCUGGAACUUCUCAAAAUCCUUCCAGCUAUAUUGAUUUGUCAUUAAGGCUAGGCCCUCCCAAUCAGGGUCCUGUAAGAUCUCCUGCUAUGAAUUCAUGUAACAUUUUUGCAGCAAGACAUGCAGUGCGAAUGCAGGGCAUGCAUGGACAAACCAACAAGAGAGGUUUUCCGGACCAUGCUUUAGGAGAUAAUCAUGUGGGUAGCAUGGGUCAACUGGCAUUACUGGCCAAACGACGUGCUACUGAGUCUCACAUCAGUGCAAGCAACUAUGUGAACCCAUCACCACCAUUUUCUCAGAUGCAGCAACUAUUCGGUAAAACUACACCCGUUCAAGCACUUACAGUAGGACAAGGAGGUCUAAAAGAUAAGGGGAAGGCAAUUGAGUCAUCAUCAUCAUCAAGCCCCUAUCGCCAGAUAGGAUUACCUGCUCAAGCAUACAUGCAAGAGCGUCUCCAGUAUCGUCCAAUAGGUUCUCCACCAUUACUGCACGACCUCGCUCAUGGACCACCACCUGUGGCACCAGGCAUCUCCAUGCUGCCAAAGCUGUGCCCUUUUUUAUUUGAGCAGAGACUUGACAACGAGAACACAAAGAAUGCUCAGAAUGAGAAACUGGAUUACGCUGAUUUGCAGGCAGACAUGCUUUUGAGUGACUCUGAAAGUGAGGAAGAGGAGGAGGAAACUGAUGAGGAGGACCAAGAAGAUGAUGUUCUUCCUGCCCAAGAUGGAAACAUGACGGAUGAUCCUCUUGAUGAUGAAGGAAAGUACAUCAUAGAACCUGUUGGGGAAGGCUGGAGUCCUGCACAUCGCGCAAUUGAUGGCAUUAAUUAUGUCAUUCAAUCCCAGUUCCGAGGUGUCUUCCAUUCCUACGGCUCUAUCCCGUUAGCUGAUAGACAAGAAUGGUUUCGCAUGUUCAAGGAAAAAUGCACUUGGGAUGCUCGCCAUGAGCAACAUAUCCAGAAGAGAUUUGAUUCGCAUUGCUCAAAACAUCUUGGAGACAUCCUUUCACAGGUGAGGAACACUAGGAAGAAGCCGCAGUGGAUGAAAGUGGAAGAUUGGAUUGAGCUUCUGGCCUAUUGGGAUACCCCAAGCUUCAAGAACAUUUCCGCCAGAAACAAGGCCAAUCGGACCUCCAGCAAAGGUCGAACAGACACUGGGGGCUACCAGGAUUUUACUGAUGUGGCCAAAGAUUUGGCCAAGAAGUUUGGUCGAGAGCCCUACCCUGAUGAGUUUUUCUUGGCUGCAAACAAGUACAAUUAUACAGGCCAUUGGAUGGAUAGUUGCGCUCCAAAGACAUAUGAGGAGUAUCAGCUUCGUCUUUUAAAACGACAGACCCAGGUUGGUGAGGCCUCCUCCUCCAGGGUAACACAGGAGAGUAGGGUUGACAUAUUGAAUGAGGUUGCCAAAGGAAAAAUCAGUGGUCAAGUUUAUGGCAUCGCAGACAAAGCUGCAAAUCUCCCUACUAAGGCAACAUCACUGACUCAAGAGUCUGGUGCUCCUCCUUCAUCUAGCGAAGCUUCUGAGGAGAUAGAUAAAGCUCAGCAAUAAGCUGCAAAAGCUUAGCAGCAAGCUAUGAAAGCUGCAUUGUUUAACAGGAUAAUCCUACCUUACAUCGCAAAUCGAACAAUUAAUGGAGUGAAGAAACAAUGAUGAAAAAAAAUAAGGCUAUAGAGGGCUUAGGUGCCAUGCCCUAGUAUGCGACAAAUUUAGAUAAAUAUUUUACUGCUUUUACUUUUGAUCAUUUUGGACUAUGGAAUAUGUUUGGAUGAUAAGGAUUUUUAUGAUAUGGCUUUUUUAUUUUUAUUUA